CCGAACUGCUACCACCACACGCGUCAUUUCCGGUUCGCUGUAAGUGUGUUUAGUGCAUAAUGACAAAUUAGGCAAAUAAGCUCGACAAACAUGCUUAGUUCUCUUCAAGGCAAGUGCAGUUACUAGCAAUAUUGUUUCAGAAGUGAAUGUCAAAGGUGCGACAAUAUUUAGACAACCCUUCAAUGCUUUUAGCGAUCCCAAGCUAUUAUUAGGUUGUAUUAUGAAUUGGUAAUCAGUGCUACUUCAUGUCAGGUUCUCUCGGAGGGUGAAACAAUCAUUGCUUUUUAUAAUUGUUUAGAUUUUUUUUCCUGAAAAGAACCCCUGUAGAUGGUUUGUUGAUCUAUCUUAGCCGGGUGAUGUUGUUUUAAAAUGGCACCGUUCUCAUCCACUCACCAUAUAAAAUUAAUACAACAACUAAUUAGAUUCACAAAAUUCCCGUCUUUUCAGUUCUAAUCGCCACAACAAGGUUAGGUAAAGCUCUUUCGAUCUGGACCGGCUAUGAUCCAACAAAAGUAUACAUUAAACAAUGGAGAAACAAUAAAUUACUAUCACUGUCCCUUGCGAUCGCUUCACGAUACAACUACUGUAACAACAUAUUAAAACUCUUGACGCAGAGUUGUGGACGAAAAAGACGGAAAAAAAUUCUCGAGACAGUGUUGGUGUUGGGAGAAGUUUUUCUAAAUUAGCCUAAAAAAAACAACGUCGACAGCUUGUUAUGUUAUGAUCCUUUUAGGGUUGUCCGAGGUGUUGAUGAAAACUUGCCACCCGCUGUUUCAAGUUCGAACAAUAUUGCAUUACACAAACAAACGCGGGGUAUAACUCUCGACCAAUGACAGAUCGAGUCAUUACGUGUCCUUUUGGACGCGCCGCGAGAGCUCGAUGUAUUCCGUUUAGAGUACAUGUGAAUUUUAAUCACUCCCGCGGGUUUGCCGAUCUGCUUCAGUAGUUUACGUGGAAAAGGUCGCAGUUGAAUGCGUCGACAUAAUAAGCCAUUGCUCAUGACAAUUUAUAGGAAAUCCAAAACGUAUUAACCAAUUUUCCAAGUUUAUAUUAUUCCUUGUCAGAGUGACGGGUUGAAUGGACGUGUGAAUACUCGUGGAAAGCGUUUUUGUUGUCUCCUUCGCCAUGAGCGUAGUGUUUCACCAGGCCGUGUUAGAGGGAGACACGACCAAAGUCAAGUUCAUAUUAAAAUAUGGACAAGGCAUACGGGUGAAUCAACCGAAUAAAUAUGGACUCACCGCUCUACAGCAAGCGUGUGUGGAUGGCAACUUAGAGCUUGCGAACUUUCUCCUGGAGCGAGGAGCGGAUUUAAGUCUUGUGGACUCUGAUGGGCGCACGGCGCUACACCUCGCUUCUGAACAAGGUCAUCUGGACAUUGUUAGCUUGUUGGUUAAUUCAGCCUGUGCUGAUGUGAACGCAAGGAACGGAUGCGGACAGAAAGCGGUCGACGUCGCCGGUAAUGAUCAAGUACGAGCGCUACUCUCCCAAGCAAUGCUCUCUGAGAGUUUCAAACAAAAGUGUUCCUUCGCUCAAGGUUUGGACGAAGGAGUCAGUUAUGAAUUUAAGAACGUUCCCGGCUGGCGCUAUUCAAUCUCGAGCACGUCAACCGAUUCUGGCGUGUCUGAAGACUCUACGUACAGUCACGAUAGCGGUUAUGAUUCUAGAUAUCCGAGUAGACUCAACCAAGCCGCAAGCUACAAUAAUUACAGCUGCGGGGGCAACUCUGAGCAAAACGAUUACUGUGCCACCGAUUCUACUCCGCAUUACCGUGACCAAAGAAAUGACAAAGAAGUCAUUUGUGCCCGGCGAAUUGAACCCGCUAAUCACGCUACACUGACGAAAAGUCACUCAUUUACCGGCAACCGACACGAGUAUAGCGCUGUAGCGGUCGAUAGUAAACAGGCACAGGGCAGCCAGUACCUGCUAGAUGAUGGAUCGUCGAUGCGCUAUCGCCGACAACAAAAAAUCCGCAAAGACCCAACAAGAAGAAAGACUGUGACCUUUGGCGAAAAUGAAUCAUAUACCAUUUCCCCCCGCGAGGAACAACGAUAUUCGAAGGGUUCCUCGCUCACACGCCCGACAAUUUCAAGCAGUAAUAGACCCCCGUUACAUGAAACAUGGAGAGACUCGACGAUGUAUGCCACCCGGUUUGCGCAGCCGAGAGAAGCUAGCAAUACAAAAGACAAGGAGAGAAAAUUAUCUGCAGACAAGGGUGAAAGUCCUCGAAAAGAGGGAAAAUCCAAAAAGCACAUUCUAUCAGGAUUCCUCGAAAAAUACAUACUCGUGGAAAGCGUUUUUGUUGUCUCCUUCGCCAUGAGCGUAGUGUUUCACCAGGCCGUGUUAGAGGGAGACACGACCAAAGUCAAGUUCAUAUUAAAAUAUGGACAAGGCAUACGGGUGAAUCAACCGAAUAAAUAUGGACUCACCGCUCUACAGCAAGCGUGUGUGGAUGGCAACUUAGAGCUUGCGAACUUUCUCCUGGAGCGAGGAGCGGAUUUAAGUCUUGUGGACUCUGAUGGGCGCACGGCGCUACACCUCGCUUCUGAACAAGGUCAUCUGGACAUUGUUAGCUUGUUGGUUAAUUCAGCCUGUGCUGAUGUGAACGCAAGGAACGGAUGCGGACAGAAAGCGGUCGACGUCGCCGGUAAUGAUCAAGUACGAGCGCUACUCUCCCAAGCAAUGCUCUCUGAGAGUUUCAAACAAAAGUGUUCCUUCGCUCAAGGUUUGGACGAAGGAGUCAGUUAUGAAUUUAAGAACGUUCCCGGCUGGCGCUAUUCAAUCUCGAGCACGUCAACCGAUUCUGGCGUGUCUGAAGACUCUACGUACAGUCACGAUAGCGGUUAUGAUUCUAGAUAUCCGAGUAGACUCAACCAAGCCGCAAGCUACAAUAAUUACAGCUGCGGGGGCAACUCUGAGCAAAACGAUUACUGUGCCACCGAUUCUACUCCGCAUUACCGUGACCAAAGAAAUGACAAAGAAGUCAUUUGUGCCCGGCGAAUUGAACCCGCUAAUCACGCUACACUGACGAAAAGUCACUCAUUUACCGGCAACCGACACGAGUAUAGCGCUGUAGCGGUCGAUAGUAAACAGGCACAGGGCAGCCAGUACCUGCUAGAUGAUGGAUCGUCGAUGCGCUAUCGCCGACAACAAAAAAUCCGCAAAGACCCAACAAGAAGAAAGACUGUGACCUUUGGCGAAAAUGAAUCAUAUACCAUUUCCCCCCGCGAGGAACAACGAUAUUCGAAGGGUUCCUCGCUCACACGCCCGACAAUUUCAAGCAGUAAUAGACCCCCGUUACAUGAAACAUGGAGAGACUCGACGAUGUAUGCCACCCGGUUUGCGCAGCCGAGAGAAGCUAGCAAUACAAAAGACAAGGAGAGAAAAUUAUCUGCAGACAAGGGUGAAAGUCCUCGAAAAGAGGGAAAAUCCAAAAAGCACAUUCUAUCAGGAUUCCUCGAAAAAUACAUACUCGUGGAAAGCGUUUUUGUUGUCUCCUUCGCCAUGAGCGUAGUGUUUCACCAGGCCGUGUUAGAGGGAGACACGACCAAAGUCAAGUUCAUAUUAAAAUAUGGACAAGGCAUACGGGUGAAUCAACCGAAUAAAUAUGGACUCACCGCUCUACAGCAAGCGUGUGUGGAUGGCAACUUAGAGCUUGCGAACUUUCUCCUGGAGCGAGGAGCGGAUUUAAGUCUUGUGGACUCUGAUGGGCGCACGGCGCUACACCUCGCUUCUGAACAAGGUCAUCUGGACAUUGUUAGCUUGUUGGUUAAUUCAGCCUGUGCUGAUGUGAACGCAAGGAACGGAUGCGGACAGAAAGCGGUCGACGUCGCCGGUAAUGAUCAAGUACGAGCGCUACUCUCCCAAGCAAUGCUCUCUGAGAGUUUCAAACAAAAGUGUUCCUUCGCUCAAGGUUUGGACGAAGGAGUCAGUUAUGAAUUUAAGAACGUUCCCGGCUGGCGCUAUUCAAUCUCGAGCACGUCAACCGAUUCUGGCGUGUCUGAAGACUCUACGUACAGUCACGAUAGCGGUUAUGAUUCUAGAUAUCCGAGUAGACUCAACCAAGCCGCAAGCUACAAUAAUUACAGCUGCGGGGGCAACUCUGAGCAAAACGAUUACUGUGCCACCGAUUCUACUCCGCAUUACCGUGACCAAAGAAAUAACAAAGAAGUCAUUUGUGCCCGGCGAAUUGAACCCGCUAAUCACGCUACACUGACGAAAAGUCACUCAUUUACCGGCAACCGACACGAGUAUAGCGCUGUAGCGGUCGAUAGUAAACAGGCACAGGGCAGCCAGUACCUGCUAGAUGAUGGAUCGUCGAUGCGCUAUCGCCGACAACAAAAAAUCCGCAAAGACCCAACAAGAAGAAAGACUGUGACCUUUGGCGAAAAUGAAUCAUAUACCAUUUCCCCCCGCGAGGAACAACGAUAUUCGAAGGGUUCCUCGCUCACACGCCCGACAAUUUCAAGCAGUAAUAGACCCCCGUUACAUGAAACAUGGAGAGACUCGACGAUGUAUGCCACCCGGUUUGCGCAGCCGAGAGAAGCUAGCAAUACAAAAGACAAGGAGAGAAAAUUAUCUGCAGACAAGGGUGAAAGUCCUCGAAAAGAGGGAAAAUCCAAAAAGCACAUUCUAUCAGGAUUCCUCGAAAAAUACGUACAUUAGCUACAGUUUAGAUGAUAUUGAUUUUAGUGCAUAAAUUAUGAAUAUAGCGUCCUCCAUUUGGCAUUAUUUCAGCUUCAUUUUUUUUAGCUCGGAUAAUCAUUGAGGUGUAAAAAAACAAAAACGCUGUACAUACUUGAUCCCUUAUAAAAUAUUGUAUUUUAUUCUCUGAGGAUAGCAAUGUAUAUAUUAUUGCAUUUUACUUACAUGAUUGUGAAUCAUUGCACCUAGUGGUUAGUUUUGAUAUUUCAAUUUCAUGUUUGGAAUUUUAAAUAUUCGGUGAUACAUAUCUAUUUAUAUGGGAUGAUGUAAACAAUGUUGGAAGCAGCUGCAAUUUAUUUAAACUUUCCCCAAGAGUAGAUUUUAAUUUUGUCGGUUCUUAAAUGCCUUUGAACGUUUUUGUGGUGAAGUAUUACAACAACUCUAUUUUUUAGAGGAUUUUACGAUAUUUAAAUAUUAGCAACCUCUUCUUUGUUAUAUAGAUGGCCUGAGAUGGCCUGAGGUGUAAUUUUAAACUUGGACGCUCAGAAUAUUCAGUCAUAAAUUUAACUCGUGCUUUUGUCAGAUGAUCGAUCGUAUUUCUGAGAAAAAAGUAGCCCAGUAACUAUUUCUUGCACCUAAAAUACUCGAUAUCCUUUGAACGUACUAUAUUUAUGAUCAAAAUAAAAAGAGAACGCAGUCUUAUUA